UUGAGCGAAGCCGUACGCACUGGUGAUGGAGAAUGGGGCUCCUCCUGGAACAGCUGUGGCUGCUCGUGGUGGCGCUGGCGCUCGUGGCCGCGGCGCUGAUUCUGAUGAAGAAGCUAUCUUGUGUUGCCUUUCUCUCUGCUACCAAAAUUCCAGACAUUUACUGGCACAAAGAAAAGAAUUUCUUUUUAAAUGCAGCAGACAAGAAGGAAACUUUACCUACUAUACAUGACUCACCAACGAGGCAGUUAUCCAUUGUUGUGCCUUCAUAUAAUGAAGAAAAACGGUUGCCUCUGAUGAUGGAUGAAGCUCUGGAAUAUCUAGAGAUGAGACAGAAACAAGAUCCUACAUUCACAUAUGAAGUGAUCGUGGUUGAUGAUGGCAGUAAAGAUCAGACCUCACAGAUUGCUCUUAAUUAUUGCCAAAAAUUUGGAAAUGACAAAGUUCGAGUAAUAACAAUGGUGAAAAAUCGUGGAAAGGGUGGAGCUAUCAAGAUGGGUGUAUUCACUUCUCGAGGAAAAAAGAUCCUUAUGGCAGAUGCCGAUGGAGCCACAAAAUUUGCAGAUAUUGAAAAAUUAGAAAAGGGACUUAGAAAUCUACAGCCUUGGCCUGAUCAAAUGGCUAUUGCUUGUGGAUCUCGAGCUCAUCUGGAGAAAGAAUCAAUAGCUCAGCGUUCCUAUUUCAGAACUCUUCUCAUGCAUGGAUUCCACUUUCUAGUGUGGUUCCUCUGUGUCAAAGAAAUCAGAGAUACACAGUGUGGGUUCAAGUUAUUAACUCGGGAAGCAGCUUUGCUGACUUUUUCAAAUUUACACAUUGAGCGAUGGGCAUUUGAUGUAGAGCUUCUUUAUAUUGCGCAAUUUUUUAAAAUUCCAAUAGCAGAAAUUGCUGUCAACUGGACUGAAAUUGAAGGUUCUAAGCUGGUCCCAUUUUGGAGCUGGCUACAGAUGGGCAAAGAUCUUCUUUUUAUACGACUUCAAUAUUUGACUGGUAUCUGGAAGCUUAUAAACUUGCGGAAAAAAAAUUAGGUUAUUCAUGAGGGUAUUAAUAUGCACCAAUGCCAUUUCAUAACUAUUAAAUAAAACUGAUAUAAAGCUG